UUGAAACACACGGCUGACAAACGCAUUACUUGAGCAGCCUUUCACAGGCAUUACUGUGGUUUAGUUCGACUUUCUAUUAGUAGUUUAGUAUAAACAGGAAGACAGUUUAAUGCCGACAGAAAGUAUUGUGUCAAUCGCUGACCAAAAGCUUACGUGCGGUGGAACCCCCACAAUGUAUUUGUGUUAUUCCACGCUUCUUUUUUAUUGGUAAAAUACGGCGGAGCUGUCUAUGCUGGUGUCCAGUGACUCGCGCUGUUUAUCGGAUAGCAUCUGUUUUGAUUCAGCGAAAUAUAAUCAGUGGAAUGUUAUCCGCAAACUCAUUGUCCACUAGUAAGUGAGCUGGAACGCCCACUGUCACUGUCAUUCAUUGGAACAGUGGAUUUCCGUGUUGUAGGUUAUAUCAGUCAAAAAAACAAAAAACAAAACAAAACUUGUAACUGGAGUAAGAGAGCAUGGAUGCCUUGGACUCUUUGCAAAGCUCAUCUCUGGAUGCCAAAGCUGAACGUAUUGCCCGCUACAAGGCUGAAAGAAGACGGAUGCUGGCUGAAAGAUAUGCAAACUUGGAGGAGAAUACAUCUAUAUACACACAGAGGGAAAGACAUCAGGAAAGUACAGACACGUCAAAUGUCGCGCCCAGCUUGGAGACGAAAAUGUUGGAUGUUUCUUCUGGACUGAGUCACCACAGUAAAGAGAGUGGAGUUUUGAGCGAGCAAGGAGACAGGAGCAAUUCUAAGGAAAACACCAAUGCCUUGUCAUCCCAUGACAUCUUAAUUACUCAUGAAGACCAACCAGCAAGGUCACGUCAACAACACAGUCCAUUGGAAGCAGAAGAAACCCAGAAGCCACAGGAUGAUGGGAAAGCAGAAGAUGACAUCAAAACUGAUAUGACAUCUCAUUUAAAAGGACUAGAGAAGGCAGAUAUCUUGGCCACCCCUAAGAACCAAGCAGAGGAAAUCAGUGAGAAGGGAACAGAUUUCACCAGCUAUUCCUCUUCAGACAAGAGUGAGGAAAAUGCCAAAGAAAGAAAGAAUUUCAAACAGGAUGAGAAGAUCUCCCACUUCCAGUCUUUCACUGCAGGACAGGAGGAUGCAAGCAACAAGGAUGUUGGGAAUGCAAGAGAUCAAAUGGCUAAAGAGAAUGACCAGAAAGCAAGAGAGAAACAUUUUGUGCACAUGGAGGACUCGAGCAUUUUCCCUGGAGUUCUGAAUGUGGACAAAGAGCCCACAGCUGCCACGCCACUUCUGCAGAGACAGGACUCAGGUCAGCGCAGUAUUAAAGGCAUCCUAAAGAAGAGCCGUUCAACCAGUCUGGAUUUAGAACCUGGUGAACAAGAGCGAACCACUAUCUGCAAGGAGCUGACUGUUGUUGAUGGAAAUGAAGAAAAAAAUGAAGAGGAUGAGGAGGACCGAGAGGAAAGGAGGCUGCAGAGAGAGGAAAGCAGCUCAAGUGAGACUCCUCGCUCUCCUUCUCCAGAUACAGUGGACAAAUCACCUUCCCUUUCCCAGUCUGAAGAUGGUGAGGAGCUAGACAGCAGCCUGGAUGGGAGCACAAGUUCCUCUCUCAAAGAGAGGCUGGCAGAGUUCAAGAGUGAUGAAAUUGAUUGUCGGGGCAAGCUGAAGACUAAUAAGCUCACCAAUGUGGUCCAGACAUCCCUGGCUAACCGUUACUCCCAGCUGCAGGAAAGUGAGAAUGCCUGGAAGAAGAAGAAAUCUUCUGCAGAUGUGGAACCAAAGAUGUCCUUGGCUGAGCGAAUGAAGAUCUUACAGGAGAAGGAGGAACAAUGGAAAGUUAAAGGCAAAGGAGCUUCUAAUGACUCCACACAAUUCUCUGUUGCUGGCCGUAUGGCUAAAAGAGGCUUGGUGUCACCCAGCAGAGAGGAUGUUCCCAUCAUCCUCAGCAAAAAAGCCUGCAGCAGCACACCAGUCAAACCACUGGAAGAAAUCUCCACGCGUCCUGAUGCUGAGGGAGAUAAAAGACUGGACAAACUGGAGUCAUUUUUGGACAAACUUCAUAAUAAAGGCAGUUUGGGCACAAAGAACUCCACAAUCGAGGUGAUGGAGGAGAAAGAAAAAGAGGUGAUGACCUUUGAUGACGAGGAGACUUUUGGACGUUUUUACAAAUGCUUAUCACCCACUGCUCUGAGCUCCAGUGUCCUGCUGGAUGAGGAAGAAGACUUCAGCAUUAUUCAGUCCAACACGCCCAAACUGGCAUCUGCAGUUGAGGAACACAAGCGUUCAGUGCGGCCAUGCAGACGAGCCAAGAGCUCAAGAAACCCUCUUCGUGCCCUGGCAGCACGAGAUGACCUUAGGCAGACUUACACUGAGCAGAGACUCAAUGUGGCCUCGGUGGAGACCAAAAGAAUACAAAUGGAGCGGAUGGCCAAACACUCAAAUUUGGCAGACACAGCUUUGGCAGGUCUGGCCAGUAAAGAAAACUUCAAGAAAGUCAACCUACGAAGUGUGAAGUCAACAGAGGUAGUGACUAACAACGGUGCUGUGCCUUUCCACAAGCUCAUGCUCAUCCACAUUAAAGGCCGCAGACAUGUUCAGGUGCGUCUGGUUGAACCGACAGCCAACUCUCUGAACAGUGGAGACUGCUACUUGCUCAUCACCCCCAAACAGUGUUUCUUCUGGAGUGGAGAAUUUGCAAACGUCAUAGAAAAAGCAAAGGGCUCAGAGAUGGCUCAGUACAUCCAGACGAAGAGAGAUCUGGGUUGCAAAGCUUCACAGGUCACGGUGCUGGAAGAGGGAAUCAACACAGACAACCGUUUGGCCAAAGAGUUCUGGAGUCUGCUGGGUGGAAAGACUGACUACAGAGGUGCAGGGGAGCCGGGGGAAGAUGAACUCUACGAGAGUGCUAUAAUAGAGUCAAACUGUGUUUAUAGGCUGGUGGAGGAUAAGUUGGUUCCAUAUGAUGAGGCCUGGGCAUCCAUCCCUAGUGUGUCUAUGCUCAACUCUAAAGAGGCUCUGGUGUUUGACUUUGGUAGCGAAGUGUACGUCUGGACAGGAAAGGAUGUUCCUUUGAGUGACAGGAAGGUGGCAGUACAGCUGGGCAAACAGAUCUGGAGUGGCGCGUACGACUACAGCACAUGUAGAGUCAACCCCCUUGAUCCCUCUUCAGCCAAUAAAGACAAUGCUAACAGACAGGGAGAGGGCAGGCCAAGUUGGGCCUUGUUUGGCCGGCUGUCAGAACACAACGAAACUGCUCUGUUCCGAGAGAAGUUUCUAGAUUGGGCAGAAAGGAAACCCCCCAAAGAUGAACCUGUGGUGGAGGAGGUGAAGAAUUCAGUACAUCAGUUCCUUCCUACUUGUGACUCCGAACUGAGGCCGUGUGACGUCAAACAGAUGCUGGCGGGUGUGCCGUUACCUGUGAAGAUGCUAUUGGAGGGUGUGGAUGUGCAGAGAGGUCACGGAUUGGUCUUUUCUGAAGACGGACGGCAGGCUGAACUGGCCACAAUUGCUGUAGACGCAUGGCACAUUCGAGAGUUCGAUGAUUUUGAGAUCCCGCCAGAGAGCGUAGGUCAGCUGCACGAGGGGGACACUUACGUCAUCAGAUGGAAGUACUCAGUUACUAAUGUCGUGGGUAAGAGACAAAAGCCUGGUGAACUGAGUACAGCUGGCCCAGGAAGGGAGCGUACAGCGUGCUUCUUCUGGCAGGGCCGUCACUCCAGUGUAAGUGGCCGCGGCACGUCUGCCCUCAUGACUGUUGAGCUGGGCAACAACAAAGGGGCGCAAGUCCUGGUCACACAAGGGAAAGAGCCACCCUGCUUCCUCCAGCUCUUCCUCGGAGGGCUAGUCAUCCACAAAGGCUGCAGGGAGGGUAGUUCUACCAACACAGGAGACUGGCGUUUGUUCUGUGUGCGUGGAGAGACAAAGAUGGAAGGUUCAUUGGUUGAAGUUGAGUGCUGUAGUGCCAGCCUGCGCUCCCGUGCUAGCUUGUUGCUGCUUGGUGUGCAAAAUGGACAGCUUUACCUUUGGCAUGGCUGUAAAUCUCAUCCUGGUACACGGGAAGUGGGAAAGAGGACCGUGGAGCGCCUCACUCAAACUUGUCCUCGUGAGAUGGGUUUGAACAGUAAUAGCAGUUUGAAAGUGAAUGAGAUGGAAGAGGGAACUGAGUCCAAGGAAUUUUGGGAUGCUCUUGGCAACCAGGACAGGAAAGCAUACGACUGCAUGCUGGAAGAUCCAGGGAAGUAUAACUUCACACCACGUCUUUUCCUUCUAAGUGCCAGUGGUGGAACUUUUCAGGGAGAGGAGAUAUUUGGGCCUGCUCAAGUGACAGGAACCAUCAUGGCCAUGCCUUUCCUGCAGGAGAACUUGUAUUCAGCCCCUCAACCUGCUCUGUUCUUGGUGGAUAACAGGAUGGAAGUAUACCUGUGGCAAGGACUACAACCAGAUGAUACAGAAUUAACUGGCUCUGCCAAAAUCCGCUGGGACAGUGAGAGGAAGUGUGCAAUGGAGACAACACUACAGUACUGUCAAGAGAAAAACUCCAGACGGCCUCCUCAAGCUUACCUGAUCCUGGCUGGUGCAGAGCCACUCACCUUUACCAACAUCUUUCCUUACUGGGAGAAAGACCCAAGUAUUAAAGUGCAGGUGGAAGGGGCCCGUAAUAAAGUUAUUCUGGUUAAAGAUGCCCUAUCUAAGCUUAGCAGGCAGCAGUACACUGUGGAAGAGCUCACGUCCAAACCCCUGCCAGAGGGAGUGGACCCUCUGCGCCUUGAGUGCUACUUGUCAGAUAAAGAUUUCCAGGGACUCUUGGAGAUGACUCGGGAUGAAUUUAAUACGCUUCCAAACUGGAAACAGCUAAAUCUGAAAAAGAGCAAAGGUCUCUUUUAAAUAAAAGAAAUUUGCGUGUACGAAUGUGACCUCUUGUAUAUUCAUAUUAUAGAAAUAUCUAUACUUUUUACAAUUUAUAUAUGCACAUAUAUCACCUAUAUGUAAAGAUUUUCAAAAGAUGAUGUUACCGGAUACAUCAACACUUUUCUUCACGUUUUAACUUGGCAAAACGUGUACGUUUUGGGAAUAGCAUAAAGCAUUCUGACAUAGAUCUAUAUAUGCCAAGCUUACAUUGUAAUAGUGUAUCAUAUUUUUUUAUUUUAUUUUUUACCGUUUAACUAACUGUGUUGCUAUGAACUUAGAAUACAUUAAACACUAAUGCUGACAAUUAAUGUAGCCAAUUGAAAACAAAUAGAUGCCUUUUGUUAAGUCAUUGAGCUUACAAGACUCACAAAAAAAUGCUCUUUGAUUCAUAAUUUGAGCUUAUAUCAAGUGCACUGCUGCCACUGGAACGAAUGACAAAAUUUAAAAUUGUGAUAUUUUUAAAGUAACAGACAACAAAGGAUGAAUGUGUGUUGUAUUAUGCUAGCAAAGCAUGUACUAUAUCAGCUAUUGCUUGAUAAUAAAUUCACUUCAAAAUCAUA